AUGGCCAGCAGCUCCUCAACCACCCCGAACAGUGCCCCUCAGCCUGAAGACACCCCCAUUACAUUUGGCCGGUUUGUUGCAGGCCGACUGGAGCGCUUCCAGGCUCCAAUCAAUGACCUCGAGUACCUCGCCAUCUCGCAUGUCUGGGGUGACCCGUCGCUACUCGAGCCGCGGGAUGUACCAGGCAUCGAGGGCAAAGUCCUCUGCACACCAGAGAAGGCCGAGUACAUCGAGCAUGAGCUGCCAAAGAAAGUGGGGACUAAGCCCUUCUGGAUGGAUAUCCUUACAGUUGACCAGACAAAUAAAGAUGCGGUGACCGCCAUCACGAAGUCCAUUCCGUUGCUCUUCAGAAACGCUUCCUGCACAAUCGUUCUGCGAGAAUGUGACGGAUUCUACGACUGUUGCAGAGAGGCCGUCGAGGGGUUCGAUAACUACGGAUCCUUUUUGAACAAGAUACUUUCACACCACUCGAGCCAUAAAAGUCAUGUCAGGAUUGAAUCAUAUCUACAGCGACUCUGGACCUUGGAGGAGUGCCUGCUGUCACGCACUGUCCAAUUCACUGUUGGCCCCAACAAUACCCCUCGGGACGCUAAGGACACAGGCGACUCAUUAAAUGCAUGGUACAAGUCUCAAGUUGAUGCACAAAUCAUCUGUGACUCCCUAUAUACACUGGCUUGUGUGUUUACUGGGUCCAGCAAGCCCGACAUAGUGGCCUUUCUCCGGGCAUACAUCAACUGCUCCACGAUCAGGAAACCUUCUACCAACCAAAUGGACAAGGCCAUCGACAUCUUCGACGGAAAUCUAAGGAGCUUUCACUUGUCCUCGGCCAGAACCUCGACCAAGCAUCGCGACUAUGUCCUUGCGACCAUGCCUCAAUUCCCCUGGUAUACUGUGCCAAUCGACGCGAAGAGGAUGUCUUUUGGGGAAAUAUUCCAGGACUUGCACACGCAGGCCUCUGCCCAGGGUCACGGGUUCGCCUUCAAGAUCCUUACCUCAAUGACUGACGGCACCGCGAAGGACGAUCCUGAGCGCGCCUGGCUACCAAGCCUUAACCUGCCCGAACCACAAUGCCUAGGGGAUUUCUUGAAGCUGAUGGGUGGACGCAUGCCCGAGAGCGCCUUGGACAAGAACGGCCCGCUCCAUCUCACAACUCAGGCCAGGGUCCGGGAAUGGCUGAAGAAUGAUGACCCGGACACGGUGCUCGAGGCCAUCUCAAACACCAUGGCCCUCUGCUCACAGUACUUUGGCGACUCCCACAGCGCUGGGGAGCUGUCAAAAUAUGGCAACUUCCCCAGUCUCUCGUGGGACCUGGAUGAUAUUGAUGCCAUGCACUUUGGCUGGCUGCGAAUGGGCGAUCGUAACGCAUUGCGCAUUUUGGAACAAGGUGAAGGCACGUACGUGGCAUAUGGUGGAGGAUGGGACUAUCACGAACAGCCAGAUUGGAUCUACGAAGACUUCGUCGAGAUACAUGACGGCCAAGCACAGGAGCCUAGCCGCCUACAGGCACCAUCAAACCAUGGGCAGAGUGACCCGCUGCUUCAGUACGCCCGCAAGGUGCUGGACCAUAUGUGGAGCGGCCAUGCGAAUUCUAAUGUCUCAAAUGUAUCACAAAGGAGUGACUGGGAGCACUUCCGGCGGGAAAUGUACCCUAGGUGGCCCGAACCUCUGAUCCGAGCCAUCAUGCUUCUAGCAGGUCUCAUUGGUUGCGGACUCGGCUUGUCGGCUGCUGCAUGGGCCAACCGCUACUUCGUGCCGGUAUAUGUGGGCUUAGGAAAGACCGUUGUGGUGGGCCUCAUGGCGAGGCAUGCGCGGUCCCCUCCCAGCGAGAGAAAGGAGCCCCGCCAGUUCUUGAGCGUGGGAAGGCAUCAUCCCUCUACGGAAGGCACGAAAGCACAAGACAACCUGCUCGUAAAUCCAGAGACAGGCCUGGCGGUCGGGAUGCUGCCGGACUUUCUUCCGAACGUGCCUGUGUCGGAUGAAGUCUACGCGCAGAGGAUGGCAGAUCUCUAUCAUGGAUUUGCGCAAGUUCUGCCUAAUAAUACAGUAAGGAUCCUUCACUUACCGUUUUUAGUGCCAAAGAAGAAGGCGGAGGCUGCUCGAGGAUCUUAA